CUCACCCCCUCUCUCUCCAUGUCUCUCGAAAUCAUGCACUAGGUUUUAACAUUACAAAGGCGUUUUGUUUUCUUUCCAUUGUUUUUCUGUCUUUCUUUCCUUCACACUUGACCUGCAUCUCAUGUCGGGGUGCUGCUGUACCUGGGGACGCCCGUAUAUCAAUCUGCACCAAAUAGGAAAAAGGAUCUCCAAUUUCUGCUGAUACUGCAACGUCAACAAACGGCUAGAGUUCGCUUAUUGCACCUUAAUGUAUUCAGCCUUCCCAAUCGCACCAUCAUCAUUUCUCCUGCUGUAUAAGGACAUUAUGCUACAAUAGUGCAGCUGGUCUGCAGUGAAUAGGUCCUUUGGAUUUGUUUGUUUUAUUUAUUUCUUCUAGCUCAAUAUGCUUUCCUAUGGCUUGGACAGAGACACAACCCUACAGUUUGGUUUUUUUUACCAGUAUUACAAAGGAUUGGGCGCACCGACCAACGUUAGAAACUAAAGACAUGUAAAUUCCGUCGAUGUAUACUCACACAAUAUAGUCUAUUAAUAUUUCAGUAGACCUCAUAGACAACGGACUGUAAAGUGAUAGCCAUAUAAAAACAGCGCUCGGAGGGUAAAGUUCUAGCUUUGGAUUUUGGUGCUCGCCGAGUGGACACAUUCCUCCACAGACUGACCGCAGCAUCCAGCUACUGUACUGCUUGCGCUUUGGCCACCCUAGGUCGACAGCAUAAAAAAGAAGCAGGGGAAAUUGCUGAGCUGGCAAACAUCUCUUCUCUUCGAUCCAUUUUUUUCCUCAAACUGUGUGACAACAGCAGCAGCAGUAAAGUGAUGGUCGAGUCAGGGAGAAACGCUGGGGCACCGCAAUAGCAAAGCAAACUAGCCUCGAACCAGGGUGGAUUGGGGAGAUAAAAACAAAAAACAACAACAACAAAAAAAUCAAAACAAAACAAAAACUGGAAUACAUAAAACCCUAUUUAGCUCAGCUAAACUAAAUUCUGCAGUGUUACCAAUUCAACAACAGAGAUGACCGUGGUAGCAGGUGAUAACAUGGAUGAGACGUCAACCUUGCCCGGGCACCCUCAAGACAGCUAUCACCAUCCUGAUCUCGAUGACCACGAAUGCUGCGAGAGAGUGGUCAUCAACAUAGCCGGGCUGCGUUUUGAAACUCAGCUUAAGACUCUAGCACAGUUCCCCAACACGUUACUAGGCAACCCCAAGAAAAGGAUGCAGUACUUUGAUCCCCUGAGAAAUGAGUAUUUCUUUGACAGAAACCGUCCUAGUUUCGACGCCAUCCUCUACUAUUAUCAAUCGGGAGGACGACUGAGAAGACCUGUGAAUCUACCUUUGGAUAUGUUUACAGAAGAGAUCAAGUUUUAUGAGCUUGGUGAGGAGGCAAUGGAAAAAUUUCGCGAGGAUGAGGGUUUUGUCAAAGAGGAAGAGCGCCCUUUGCCGGAGAAAGAAUUCCAACGCCAAGUCUGGCUUUUGUUUGAACACCCUGAAAGCUCAGGUCCAGCCAGGGGAAUCGCUAUAGUAUCUGUUAUGGUAAUUCUGAUUUCAAUCGUCAUAUUCUGUUUGGAAACCCUACCUGAACUAAAAGAAGACCCUGCGGGCAGGAUACACACUGUGGGGAAUAUGACCUACUAUUACAAACCAAAUAUAUUUACUGACCCUUUCUUCAUCGUGGAGACGCUCUGCAUAAUCUGGUUCUCUUUUGAGUUGAUUGUCAGGUUUUUCGCUUGCCCCAGCAAAGCGGAAUUCUUUAAGGACAUUAUGAACUUUAUUGACAUUGUGGCUAUUAUCCCCUAUUUCAUCACACUGGGCACUGAGCUGGCAGAAGAAGAGGAUGGUAAAGAACAGAAGGGAGAGCAGGCGACAUCACUGGCCAUUCUCAGGGUCAUUCGUCUGGUCAGGGUUUUCCGAAUCUUUAAGCUGUCCAGACACUCCAAGGGGCUGCAGAUUUUGGGACAGACCCUCAAAGCCAGUAUGCGAGAACUGGGGCUGUUGAUUUUCUUCCUUUUCAUUGGUGUUAUCCUGUUCUCCAGCGCAGUGUACUUUGCUGAAGCUGAAGAGAAAGAGUCUUACUUUUCCAGCAUCCCGGAAGCGUUCUGGUGGGCUGUGGUUUCCAUGACCACUGUUGGCUAUGGGGACAUGUACCCAGUAACAAUUGGGGGUAAAAUUGUGGGAUCAUUGUGUGCCAUUGCUGGAGUGUUGACGAUUGCUUUACCUGUACCUGUGAUCGUAUCCAACUUUAAUUACUUCUAUCACAGAGAGACUGAAGGGGUAGAGCAGGCUCAGUUACUGCGUGUAAGUACCCCCAACUUAGCUUCUGACAGUAAUUCAAGUCGUCGCAGUUCAUCCGCCAUCAGCAAAUCUGAGUAUAUGGAAAUUGAGGAGGACAUGAACAACAGUAUAGACAAUUUAAGAGAUGCAAACCUCAGAACUGGCAACUGCACUGUAGCCAACCAAAACUGUGUUAAUAAAAACAAGCUGCUGACUGAUGUUUAACAAAACAAACAAAAAAAAACCACUCGCAGCUGGGGAGUCAAGUGACAUUGUCGCUCUUUGUAGAUAUUGUACUCAUCUUUGAAUGCUUCUUUUACCUCGUAAAUGCAUUGUUGCAUUGCGAUUGUUAUGGUCAGCGAUUAAAAAAAACCCCACAAAAACACACAAAAAACAAAAAACUAAAACAAACAAAAAACAAGCUUUCAGGAUCCGUGAAAGAUUAAUAUUUACAUUUAUUUUUAAAUGGGAUUCUUCAAGUAAACAAAGGAGACAUCUUUUAACUAGGGUUAUUAUAAGAUGUUGUACAACCCUAACUGGGACUUCCAUUUAUUUGCUUGACAAACGUGGUUAUCAUUUUUUUUAAAGAACGAAAAAAAAAAAGUUAUGCAUGGAUUACAGUACAUUUCAGCAAAGUUGCACAGUGCAUCCAAGAACGUGCAUCAUAUUUUUCAGUUCUGCUGGAACAUGCAAGCAUCUGCAGUUAUCGAUCUACUAAGUAUUCCCCUGUGAUAGGUGACAUAAUUACUUGAGAUCUACAGACCAGCAAAGCACCUUAUUAUAAAAAAAAAAAAAAAACCUGACCGGUCUCUUGCUGCAGAUUUAUGAUGUAAGAACUACCCAUCUUCAACUCAAGACAUCUGCAAUGCUGCUAUUUUUCUGCGGAUGCUGUAACUCAAAUCAUACACAAUGGGUAGGCCUACUAUACGGUGCCUGUUUAGAUGCAAGGCAGCACUAUGGAACUAGUUAAAUAAAAGCAUGUUCUGAUAGUCUUCAUUUUAAUAUUGGCAUGUGUGAAACAUUACCUCAUAGAAUGGGAAAUAGGUUUUCGUUUGUUCCCGACUUCUCAGUUUAUUUUUAGUUUUUUUAUUAUUUCUCAUUUGCGUUCACCAAAAGUGCACUGGUUAUUUAUUAUUUAAGUUAUUAAUAAUUUAAAGUAUUUAAGUACUGAAUAUUAAAUCUUAUGAGAACAGCAACCUUUGGAGAUCAUAGCAUGUUAAAAUAUUCAGCAUUGUGCCCUAUUGACUAAGGUACUGUGUAUCUCAGUAUAUGUAAUGCAUGACAUCAGUAUUAAACCGUUUGUUGUAACAGAAGGACUUUUGACAGAUCUGAUUGGUUUCCUGCCUAGUUUCAGGGAAAAUGAAUAGGUUUAUCCUGAUUUUGCCUGAACUGUGACUGAACAUAACCAAUUUCCUUCAAGGGAUUACAGACUUUAAAAAUGAAUAUUAUCAAGAUAUAACUAUAGUUAGCACUAUCUGGUGAAAAGAAAAAAAAAAAAACAACUUUCCAGUGGUGCGGUGCAUGAGCAGUCUCAGAAUGUGCAAAGUUAAAACUAUUACUUAAGUGAUGCAUCCACAUUGCAACUGGUUCUACCUUUUUUAUUGUUGAAGAUUUGAGUUUCCCCAAUAUUUAUUUCUGAAAAUCAGCAAAAUGAUUUUAGUUAGUUGCUAGUGCCUUUGACCCACUCGUCCACUGGAUCGUUGAAAGUGCCUCCAUGUACAAAAGUUAAACUGGUGCAGUUUUCUUUGCCGUGAUGCACUACAGUAUGUAUCACCAUUCUGUUGUUGUACGUUUACUUAAUGGUUCUGAAAACACACACCCAAGCUCGUCUUGGAAUCUUCAAGUAGGCUUAGAAAAACGAAGCAGCCAUGAGGUUGGAUUAUAAAAACACCCCGGCCUGGACAGUAAAUGGUUUGAUACUGGAAAUAUGGAAAAAAACAAUAAGAACUUCAAAUAAUUAGCUUGUUGCAGAGUCUGCCAGCUCACAUUCCCACUAUACCUUGUAAAUACUGCUCACUAAAAUGCAGUGAAGAACGUGUUCCUUUUUUCAUGGCCCACCAUUUUAUUUUGCAUUCUAGCAUAAUGAGCCUUUGGUUCUCUACCUCAGCACGAGAAAACAAAAAGAAAAAAAGUAGUCAAGUGGUGCAAUUGAUCCCAGGUGGUGUACUGCAAAGAUAUCCAUGUUGUUUUCCUGGUUCUAGUUUAUUUAUUUUUAAAUCGAGUCCUUGGAUUAUCCAAAGCUUUAAAUAUAAGGAAGGCACUUAAACCAACAGGCAUUCAUAUUCCCACAGCGAUGCACAAACAAGAGCUGAGAGUUUUAUAGAAUGACUUGAUUCAAAAUUGUGACUGUGUGGACUUUUGACCCUGCUAAAUGAAGACGAUUUGACAUGGAGCGAGGAACCUUUUGACUGCUUAAAAAUACUGCAUAGCAGGCAACAGGGCAUUAACUUCAUCAUUUAGAAAUAAUUUAACGAUCCAUAACCUGCUUUUCCCCGACCUUUCCACAUCAGAAAACAAAUUUUGAAGUAGGAACAAAACUUUCCCGUUAGACUUGAAUGCUGCACUCCAUACAAUCAGCAAUAACUGAUCUGAUGCUGUGGGACUGAUUUGACAAAUAUAGAUAUAUCCUCUGGCAAUUAUGUUCACUUUGGCAACUAGAUUCAUUAAGUUAUUGGGUAAUUGCACAUUAAGUUAGCCAAUGGACUGGUUAUUCUGCAUGUGGAUAAGAAGAGAGCUGCAUGCAGUGUUUUGGCUUGGAGUUUGCUGAAACCGGAGUGGGGAUAGUUUUGGAAGACAGAAUGUUGUAACAUAUUUAUAUACAAUCUUACAGUGGAUUAUGAGACACUGGGUACAAUGAAUAAUUCUAGUAAUACUAAUAAUCUGGUGUAGUAUAGGCAUGUGGUUCUGGUCAAUCUGUUUUGCAAAAGAUGUGGCCGAUUGCACUAUCUGCGCUAAAAUGUCUUGGUAACCCUGAAGAAGCACUUGAACGUUGUGUGCACAGCUUUUAGAAAUAAUGCAAUUUAGUGUCCUGUACUGCUUUUUAAAACUCCUGCAAUCACAUCGUCUCAUCAUCCGAAAUAAAAGCUUUCUCUGCUGCAACCAGCACUAAAAUGUCUUUUUUUAAAGAACUGUAAACACUUACUUAUAUAUGAAUAGGGCCUCUCUCUCUCUCUCUCUCUCUCUCUCUCUCUAUAUAUAUAUAUAUAUAUAUGUAUAUAUAUUUAUAUAUAUGUAUAUACAUAUAUAUAUAUGAAGCCUUCAGCAAAUGUAUUAUUAAACAAAUGUAUAUUUUUUAGUGCCAGUCAAAGCUUUAUGUUGCAUUACGUGUUUACCAAAUAGAUAUAAAUGAAAUAAUUAAACACAUAAGUAACACAACUUUUCUUGGGGAGCAUCGCUUUAAAUAUGUGUUUAUUUAUGGUAUUUCAUUGUUUGUUAAGAGUUCAUAUGAUUUAUUGAUGUAUUUAUGUUGGGCUCAGUGGCCACACAGGUGCAUCUUUAAUACCGGGUAUAUAAAUACCAGACACAGCAGUGUUAUUACUAGGCAUACAGUAAAAGCUGGACUGUCCUCAGUACAUUUUAACACACAAGUCACUCCAUAAGUAGCAACAACUUAUGUUUAGGCUUAUACUUAUUUAGUUGUUUUUAUAUUUUUUCUAAUAAUGUCAUUAUUUCUAAAUGCACAAUUCAAUGGCUACCUUAGAGUGGUCAGUGACAGGCUACUGUGUAGGGCAGGGGUCACCAGUCCUGGUCCUAGAGAGCUACUGUGGCUGCUGGUUUUCAUUUCAACCAAUCUCUCAGUCACUUAAUUGAACCAAUUAUUGGCUUAAUUAGUCAAGAUUAACAGGUGUUCCAGAUCUUUAGCCAUUGAUGAUGUAAAGACACCUACAAAACCUGCAGGAUUGGGACUCUCCAGGACCAGGGUUGGAGUUGGGUACCUGUUUUUACUUGCGAUUUUGUACGGGGGAAUACAGCAUCAUAUCCUCUUGAAACCUUUUUUUUGCUAUUUAUAGAAUAAUAAUAAUAAUAAUAAUAAUAAUAAUAAUAAUAAUAAUAAUAAUAAUAAUAUACACUAGUAAAAAAAAAAAUUUAUGGUAAUGGUGUGCAUUUGCGCUGGCAGGUUUAGCACACAUUUAACUAUCCUCAAAGGUGUCCUUACUAUGUUACUAUAUCCUUAUUAUGUUGUUUAUAUAUGCACUUACCUUCGGUGGUUACAACCCACGAUUCAGAAACAGUUUGCACUUCUCUAUGAUAUAUAUAUAUAUAUAUAUAUAUAUAUAUAUAUAUAUAUAUAUAUAUAUAUAUAUAUAUGUGUGUGUGUGUGUGUAUAUAUAUAUAAUCAUUAAAAUAUCAGUUAUUGCUUUUUUGCUCUCCAGAUGCAUUGUAAAGAAUACAUUCAACCAAACUUUAUAUAUAACAAUGAUGUUUAACCUAAGAUGUUUUUUCCGUAAUUUAAAUAACAUUCACUACUGUUCUUUCUGAACCUGUAUAUGAAAACAAUAAAAACAAUAUUACAACCCUGGAGAUAUAGUUAUGAUUGAAUUCCCCCCGUGGACUUUCUUUUAAAUGAGGCCUCAACAUUUAUGGGUAAAUCUGCUGGUUAAAAUAAAUAAAUACACAAAAUAAACAAAUAAAGUACAACAUUUGUUUUCUUGUAGUGUUAACCUUUAAACUGCUUGUUUUCAAUUCUUUAAUACCAAUUACAGAACUGAUUGUUUCAUUUUAGAUAGAAAAUAAAGAAAUAAAGAACUGAAACAAAGUGCAUCGCAGGACACCAAGAGCAUUUCAGCUGAAAAGUGAAUGAGUAACUGCUGUAUUCAUGAAAAAGGGACUUUGUAGGCUCUUAUGCUUUCAGGAAAGUCAGUUGCUUAUUUGUUCCUAAUACUUUAUUUUACAGUACGUUUUCAUUUUGUCUACAUUUGAAACAAGUCUGCUAUUUAUAUAUGUACUGUAUGUUGUUGAAGGCAUAGUCUACAAUCUAUGCAAUUGUAUUCUUUGUUUUGUCACCUUAUCAUAUAUAGCAUCAAAUUAAAGAACAUUUUUAAGGCUCUGACUAUUGGGGAUUUCCUGAGUGGUUCUUUUUGAUUCUCUCCAUAUGUAGGAUAACUUGCACACACAACUGUCAAAAGAAGUCACACACUGGAUUUUACUUUUGCCUUGUCAGAUUUUUUUUCACCCUAUGUUGCUGAAACUACAAUACCUUCCUGCCAGUCAUACUUUGUGGGUUUAAAGGUUUCCAAUGCCAUCAUCCAUCAUUGUGUGUGGGUAAGACCGAUGCUCUUAGUGAGGUGCCAUAUCCAUUCUGUAAAACCACAUUAUUCAUUCAUUCAACUCUGAAUUCUGGAAUUUUCGGAUUGUUUUUAGUUCAAAUGUAUUAGGAUUUAGCUAAUGGAAUGCACGUGUGUUUGUAAACUGCUUUAAAUACAGAUUUGUCAUGAUGAGUUAUUCAACUAUUGGUAUAUUAGAAUGUAAAUGAGUACCCUGCUUUAAAAAUGUGGGUUACUUAGCCUACAGAGAAUUAUACGGUUCUUUCAGUCUUUCCCUUAUUUUGUUUCAGUUUUAUAAGAACCAUUGUUAUCUAUUGAACAACAGAUAGUUUAUUAUAAUGGUUUUAAAUAUGAGUAUAUAUAAUUAGAAUAGUAUUAGGGUUUGAAUAGGGGUUCCACACAUGGGAUCCAUUUAAACCUUUUUGGUUUAUUUUUGCUCAUUUUGUAUAGAGUCCUCUGUUGUUCAGUGUACAAUUUAUUUUAUAAAACCUUAAAAACAAAAGGAGCCUAUAAAGAAUGCCUUGGAGACUAAUUGGCAUUCUUGAAAACCUAAUCUAAUUUUAUAUCCAAGUUUCUUAUCAGCCCCAGUGUAUUCAGGUUGUUUUCAGGUAGUAUUAUAUUGUUAUCUUAUUGCUUAUCGGAAGUAAAAGUGAUUAUGUUUGUUAUUAUGUAACCCUUUUGUUAAAAAUAAAAAAGGCUGUAACAAAGAGGAAGGUAGAUUAUGAAAUAAAAGCCCACUAUCAUUGUGA